AUGAGUUUUUUUCUCCCCAAAGGAUGCAGCACAAGGAAGUGGUACAAGAGAACUAAUUUUUUCGGUCAGGGCAAUUACGAAAGGACGCUAGCUGUACUGUUAAGCAGUAGCGUCGUGUAUUACUGCACACUGAGAGAUGAGGAGAGGAGAAGGGAGUUCAAAUCACAUGCGAAAAAUGUAAAGAGGGACCUAAGUUCAUUCCUCCAUUGGAGGCAACCCAACGGUGGAAAUGAGACCCUUUUCAGAAGCAAAGCCAUAUCCUUCUGCGACAGCAGCAAAAAGGGAUUCCGUCACCCCUUGUGGAGAUCAGAAGAGAAGAGGCCCAUCGAAAAAAUGGAGAAUGCCAUUCUCUUUAGUGGCUCCUCCAACCCCCUGUUAAGUAAAGACAUCGCAGAUCAUCUGGGCACUAUACUAGGGAGAGUACACUUGAAGAGAUUCGCAGAUGGGGAGGUCUCCAUGCAAUUCUUGGAAAGCAUCCGAGGGAAGGAUGUCUACAUUAUACAGCCAACAUGUCCUCCUGUUAACGAAAAUCUAAUUGAGUUAUUACUAAUGAUUUCAACCUGUAGGAGAGCAUCCGCGAAGAAGAUCACCGCAGUGAUCCCCUACUAUGGGUAUGCAAGACAGGAUAGGAAGCUAAGUUCUAGGGUACCCAUAUCAGCAGCUGAUGUUGCCAGGAUGAUAGAAGCUAUGGGAGUAGACCGUGUGGUUGCCAUAGAUUUACAUUCGGGACAAAUACAAGGGUUCUUUGGCCCUAGAGUACCUGUAGAUAAUUUAGAAGCCCAACUGAUAGGGCUAGACUACUUCACCAAGAAGGACCUAUACAAGCCCGUAAUCGUAUCCCCAGAUGCGGGGGGGGUAUACCGAGCAAGGAAGUUCCAAGACGGGCUCAACCACCGCGGGAUAAGUGAAUGUGGUAUUGCCAUGUUAAUAAAGCAGAGGACCAAACCGAAUGAAAUUGAAAAAAUGGACCUCGUUGGAAAUGUAUACGACUCGGAUGUGAUCAUAGUAGAUGAUAUGAUCGACACGUCUGGAACUUUAUGUGAAGCUGCCAAGCAACUGAAGAAGCAUGGCGCCAGGAGAGUGUUCGCCUUCGCUACGCACGGCCUUUUCUCCGGACCCGCUAUUGACCGCAUCGAGAAUUCCCCCCUCGAGGAGGUCGUCGUGACGGACACCGUCAAGUCGAACAAGAACAUCGACAGCUGCAAGAAGAUCACCAAGCUGAGCGUCUCCGUGCUCGUGGCCGACGCGAUAAGGCGCAUCCACCAGAAGGAGUCGCUCAACGACCUGUUCAACAUAAAGGGGUAGAAGCGCGGCGGUUUAGCGGCGCGGCGGUUUAGGAGCGAAUCCGUUUAGCAGCGAAUCCGUUUAGCAGCGAAUCCGUGGUGAAGAUUAGAGGCGGUGAAGAUUAGAAGC